CAGCAUCUCUGUCGGAGCUCGAGCGGUCUUAGUAGCUCAGGAAGCCCGUCCAGAAGGACUCUAUGGUGAAGAUGAGUCUGGACCCUGUGCAGGUGAUGAGUGGUAAGGUCAAGGAGCUGAAAGUUUCCUCUUCAUCCAACGGAGACACCAGAGGAUCAUGGGAAGAGAAAGAAGAGUUUGACCAGAGUCAGCUGAGUCCUAGUGCCAAGCCGAAGCCAGUAAGUCUCAGGAGACGAGCCCGGAAAGUGGAGGGAGGCGUGUUCUUUCCAAAGCCAGAGAAUGCCGUGACGGUUGCCGUUUCCUCUCGGGUCUUGUUUCGGACUGAGCGGGAGCAGAAGGUGUUCGAGCAGAAAGGAGUGGAGGAAUAUCUCAGAUACCAAAUAGAGCAUGAGAACGAACCUUUUGCACCUGGACCUGCUUUCCCCUUUGUGAAGGCUUUGGAGGCGGUCAACACUCGUCUGCGAGAGCUGUACCCACAAAGUGAAGAACUCUUCGACAUCGUCUUGGUUACAUACAACCACGCACAUGUAGGGAUCCGGCUCAUCAACACCAUCAAUUAUCACAACCUCUUCAUCGAGAGGUUUUGUAUGACGGGCGGCAGCAGUCCCAUAGGUUACCUGAAGGCCUGGCAUACUGACCUCUACCUGUCUGCAGAUGCUGAGAAGGUCAGGGAGGCGCUGGCUGAAGGCAUUGCAGCGGCCACCAUGUUUAUGCCUGAGAAGCUGACAGAGGUGUCAGAGUCUCAGCUGAGAGUGGCGUUCGACGGUGACGCCGUCCUCUUCUCGGAUGAGUCUGAGCGUAUAUUCAAAGCCCACGGGCUGGACAAAUUCUUCGAACAUGAAAGGGAGAAUGAAGACACUCUACUGGAUCAUGGUCCCCUGAAAGGCUUCUUGGAGGCACUGGGGAAGCUUCAGAAAAAGUUUUAUGCUAAAGGCCAACGCCUGGACUGUCCAAUCCGCACCUACCUGGUCACCGCUCGGAGCGCAGCAAGUUCUGGGAUUCGAGCACUAAAGACGCUCCGGGCCUGGGGGUUGGAGAUCGACGAGGCAUUGUUCCUUGCAGGUGCACCCAAAGGCCCGAUGCUAGAGAAGAUCAGGCCUCACAUCUACUUCGAUGAUCAGAUGUUUCAUGUGGAGGGAGCAGCAGAGAUGGGCACCGUCGCUGCCCAUGUUCCUUAUGGCGUUGCACAGAAAUGUAACACCGCACAGAAAACGAGUGUGGGGAAGUAAAAGGACAGGACUUUCUAUGCCAGUGACAUAGAAAAGGGAAUGGAUUGGAAAACAUCUUUUGGGAGAAACGAAAGGUUGAAUAAGUGUGAAGCUUAACUUAUAUUAUGAAAUGUUUUGA